UUGGAGAAGACUCCUCAGAUCAUUAGCUGUGGGGUCCAGACACUUGCAAAGCUUAAACUAUAACCACUGGCAGAAAUCACCAUUACAUUAUCUGUCUCUGCCCAGCAAACCAUGGGCGUGAUCCACCUGCUGCUUAUCGUCUGCUCUCUCACAGGUGGAAUGCUCAUUAACUCAGAGAAACCCUCCUGUGCUAUUCAAAUAGAGUCAAUCGCGGUGGAAGAAGGGUCAAAUGUCACCAUUCCAUGCAACAUUAUUUACCCAUGGGAAGACUGGGACAGCACCACAGAGAUAAAAGUGCAUUGGAGAAGUGGACAAAAUAGCCCGUGUGGGAGCAAUAAAAUAAUCUACAAAUAUCCUGAAAACUGGACACAUCAAAAAUUUGCAGGACGAAUAUCCAUGGUGGGAAACCCCAGGGAACAGAAAACAGCUUCUAUUAGAAUCCAGGGGGUGAGCAGAUCGGAUGGUCCCUUCUACUGCUGUCGGGUAGAAUUAAUAGAUAAGAACACAGGAUUGCAAGGGUGGCAGAACCAUCAUGGGACCUCUCUGCAAUUUCCUGAUCAGAUCUGGGUGGAUCAGUUGGACAUCAUUCCAACACUGCCAGGAGAAACGGUCACAAUUCCCUGUCCUAUCCAUUACCCAAGUGGAAAAACGUUUACUGUGCAGAAAGUGACCUGGAAAAUGGGAGCAAGUGAAGUGUGCAGUGAGAAACAGACGCAAUUCACAUGGGAUAACUCAGACAAGCAAAGACAAUUCUCACUGGUUAAUUUCCCUGAUGAUGUCUCAUUAAUCAUUAAAAAUGUGAGCUCUAAAGACAGUCGUCGAUACUGUUGUGAGGUGACCGUUGAUGGUUCUGUGUAUGGGAGUGUUCGUGGAACAGAGCUGGUUCUUGGAGCAUCAACUUCUACAAAAUUUACUGUAGUUCAGCCCCCUGAAAUCACAGCCAAUCUGGGAGUUUCAACCACCAUUAAUUGCUCGUACACAUACUCUACGGAAAAAGAAAAAGCAUUGGCUGAAAUUUACUGGAGAGUUGGCAGUCCUACUGGAGAUUACGCUUAUCAUCCUUCCCAGGAGAUGAUCCAUUCCACCUACAGAGGCAGGACUGAGCUGAGAGGGCAGGCAGAUCUUCACAUACAGGAUGUGCAACGCACAGACACCACCUCCUAUUAUUGCCAAGUUAUUAUUUGGAACUGUAUUGGAAAAGUCAAAGUUAAAACAAGUGUUGUCCAUGGACAAGGAACCAGACUAAGUGUGAAAGAUAAUCCCUCCUGUGCUAUGCAAAUAGGGUCAAUCCCAGUAGAAGAACGGUCAAAUGUCAUCAUCCCAUGUAGCAUAAUUUACCCCUGGAGGGACUGGGAGAACUCUACAGAGAUCAAAGUGCAUUGGAGAAGUGGAGAAAAUAGCUCAUGUGGAAGCAAUAAAUUAAUCUACAAAUAUCCUGAAAACUGGACCCAUCAAAGCUACAAAGGAAGAAUAUCCAUGGUGGGAAACCCUAAGGAACUGAAAACAGCUUCUAUUAGAAUUGAGGGGUUGAAAAGAACUGAUGGUCCCACGUACUGCUGUCGGGUGGAAUUAAUGGAUAGGAAUACAGGAUGGCAAGGAUGGCAGAACCAUCAUGGAACCUCUCUGCAGUUUCCUGAUCAGAUCUGGGUAAAUCAGUUGGACGUCAUUCCAGCUCUGCCAGGAGAAACGGUCACCAUUCCCUGUCCUAUUAAUUUACCGAAUGGAAAAAGGUUGACCGUGCAGAAAGUGACCUGGAAAAUGGGAGCAAGUGAAGUGUGCAGUGAGAAACAAACAAUAUUCACAUGGGAUAACUCAAACAAGCAAGGACGCUUCUCACUGGUUAAUUUCCCUGAUGAUGUCUCAUUAAUUAUAAAAAAUGUGAGCUCUAAAGACAUCCGUCGAUAUUGUUGCGAGGUGACAGUGGAUGGUUCCCUGUAUGGGAGUGUUAGUGGAACAGAUCUGGUUCUUGGAGCAUCCUUUUCUGAAAAAGUUACCGUAUUUCAGAACAUUGAAAUCACAGCCAAUCUGGGAGGUUCGAUCACCCUUAGCUGCUCGUACAGAUUCUCUACAGAGGAAGAACCAGCAUUGGCUGAAAUUUACUGGAGAUUUGGAAGUCCCACUGGACAUUACGCUUAUCAUCCUUCUAAGGAGAUGAUCUGUUCCAAAUACAGUGGCAGGACUGAGCUGAGAGGAAAGGCAGAUCUUCAUAUACAGGAUGUGAAAAGCACAGACACCACCUCCUAUUACUGCCUAGUGAUGAUACGGGAAUGUGUUGGAAAAUCUAAAGUCAAACCAAGUAUCGUCCAUGGACAAGGAACCAGACUAAUUGUAAAAGGUGGCGUGUCAAGCUCUGGAUAACUCCUGUAUUUGCUGAUACAUAAUUCAAAUUUCAUUGGAAUUGGAAGUGGAACUAAACAAAGCUUGGAUG